AUGGUACAGUAUAAGAAUAUUGAUGCUAUUUACUUGCUCGUGGUCGAAGACUUGUUCACCUCAUGGACCACUUUGAAGCCACUGGCCACAUCAGAGGUUGAGGAUGUUGGGGAUUCGCUGGAAACAUUGUACAGCAAUGAACUUUCAGGUGGCCCUCCAACAGUCUUGGCUAAGAGGAAGGAUGAAGAAGGAGCAAGGACAUUGGCAAACAUGCUGUCGACCAGGCUGGAGUGCAGGAUAAACUAUACUAAAGAUUACAUCAACAAUGCUAACUCUACAGAAGACGAGUUAGUCCUUGAUGUUAGCCACGACUGGACCAAUGCGCUGGCCGGUGUGGAGAGUGCGCUAAACACUUCGACUUUCUUCAAUGACCUAGACGGCCACACCCCCUACAAGCUGAAGUUUGGAGUGCCAAGUAGCAGGGAGACGAGAGAUCCACUCCAACCUGAUGGAAUAAGAGAUAACAGCAGGGAGGAUGUCAUUCAAAGAGCAAGAUGUUACUGGCAUGAAGCCAGGGCAACAAACAUCGACAAAACAGUUUCCGAGACCACGAAUGAGCUUCCACCAACCAGAGAGUCACAACCAAGAGAGCAUGUUCAGCAGGAGAGGAGGAGGCAGGGCAGAGGCAUCUUGUGUAUCAAAAGAUACGGGAACACCUGCUAUGUACUAAGCUUACUACAGGCCCUAGCAGCCGUUAGGGCCAACAACAAGUUUGCGAACAUCGCUGCGGGCAACCACAGUCAUCAGAACCACCCAUGGAAUCACAUGAUGCCUGUGAUGGAGAUGCUGUGCACUGUGGUCCCGGGUAACCAACCCAUUAAGAAUCAAUCAGCUAUUGAGAGGAUAAAGAAUCACUUUCCACACUUCUCAAAUGAUAGGCAACAGGACACCUGGGAGUUCUUUUUUGCAGUUAUGCAGUAUCCACAAUGUCCAGUGUGUCAGGGGCACAGCUGUCUUUUAGUUGACAGGCUGUUUAGGGUUGCCAUGGCAAAUUUCUCACAAUGCGUGUGCGAGAACACAUCAUUAGCUGGCCAUGUUGAGCAGCACCAUAUCGACUUAGACCUGAAGGUGGAAGACGAACACACGACACUACAAUCAGUCCUCGACGAUGUGUUUGUCCCUGCUCCUUCCGAGCUAACAUGCUCAGUAUGUCAUCAGAAGCAGCAGACGACUCGACAAAUUUUGGUUUCCGUAAGUCCUCUGCUUGUCCUUAGAGUUAAGAGAUGGACCGAGGCAGGACUGAAAAACCGACGCCCUGUGCACUUCUGCCUUGGUGAGAUUGUACGUGUGAUAGUGGAUGAUACAGAGAUCUCAUACGUAUUGAAGGCAGCAGUGAUCCACCAUGGACAAACUAUUUCCAGUGGCCAUUACAGUGCGGUGGUGUUGGUUGAGGGAACAACCUAUGAGGCUGAUGACCAGGUUACCCAAACUGUUGUUACUUUAAGUCAGAAAUACCUUGCUGAUUGUUACAUGUUCACCCUUGAGAGGCAACACUGAUAAGAUUACAAGCCAUGCUAGGCCAUACUAAUAAGACUACAUGCUGUGUUAGGCCAUACUGAUAAGACUACAUGCUGUGUUAGGCCAUACUGAUAAGACUACAUCAUACAUGCUGUGUUAGGCCAUACUGAUAAGACUUCAUGCUGUGUUAGGCCAUACUGAUAAGACUACAUCAUACAUGCUGUGUUAGGCCAUACUGAUAAGACUACAUCAUACAUGCUGUGUUAGGCCAUACUGAUAAGACUACAUCAUACAUGCUGUGUUAGGCCAUACUAAUAAGACUACAUGCUGUGUUAGGCCAUACUGAUAAGACUACAUCGUACAUGCUGUGUUAGGCCAUACUGAUAAGACUACAUCAUACAUGCUGUGUUAGGCCAUACUGAUAAGACUACAUGCUGUGUUAGGCAAUACUGAUAAGGUUACAUGCCAUACUAGGCCAUAAUGAUAAGAUUACAAGCCAUGCUAGGCCAUACUACAUGCUGUGUUAGGCCAUACUGAUAAGACUACAUCGUACAUGCUGUGUUAGGCCAUACUGCACUGAUAAGGUUACAUGCCAUACUAGGCCAUAACGAUAAGAUUACAAGCAAUGCUAGGCCAUACUGAUAAGACUACAUGCUGUGUUAGGCCAUACUGAUAAGGUUACAUGCCAUGCUAGGCCAUACGAACAAGAUUGCAAGCCACAAAACUGAAAAGGAAAAACAAUUUUCAAUGCCACACUUCCUUUUGUUCCCAAGAAAAGUUGAUGGAAGACUUCUUGAAACGAUGUUUACCUUACCUUACCUAGUCCCAUUCUCAUGAUGCAAUUCCAAAAUAAAAAAAAGGCAGAAAAUUUGUCAAUUGAAUGUUGUUAGAAAAAUUAAUAAUCUUUUUUGUUCCAUCUACAGGGCUAAAUGUAAUUGUAAAAUAUCACAGUAAACAAUUAACUAUGUGGGUGCAUAUAUAGCUCCAAUUUUUGGUGGACCUGGGUGCACAAAGAGUUUUUCGAGCCCUGAUGUAUAAUGCAACAGUGUUAAGUGAACAAUUCCAGUGCUGUUAUCUUUGGGAUCAGAUUUCAAAUUUACUUGCAAAGUUUAAAACAGGAAUAAAAAAACAUGCGUGUGAAAAAUAAAAACAAUGAAAUGUCUAUAACCCUUUAUACUUUGAAACUUUAUUGAAGCUAACAUACAACAUAAUAAUAUCAAUGAAAGUUAAGUUGUGUUGCAAGGGAACAGAAUAGAAAACUAGAAGGGCAACAUUUUUGGAAAAAUGCAGGAUGUGGGCGAAGGGAAAAGAAAGCAAAAAUCGCAAGAAAAGAAACAACAAGAAAGGCAACAUUUUCGCGAAAAUGCACGAAAAAAAGAUUU